GCGACCCAGGACCCGGCUGGCGCAUGCCUGUCUCCGGCCGGACCGUGGGGCGGGCGGCUGCUGCGGGCGCGCGGCGGCGGAGAGCCGGGGCAGCGGGAGAGCGUCCGAGCGCCCCGCGGGGAGGCUGGACAGCCCGAGCUCGGCCGAGGACGCUGCUCCGCAGCCGGCGGGCAUCAUGGCAUCGCUGGCGGACCGGGUCCGGGGCAACGGGCGCAUCGCCGCCGGGCUCCUGUUCAAUCUACUGGUGUCCAUCUGCAUCGUGUUCCUCAACAAAUGGAUCUAUGUACACCACGGCUUCCCCAACAUGAGCCUGACCCUGGUGCACUUCGUGGUCACCUGGCUGGGCUUGUACAUCUGCCAGAAACUGGACAUCUUUGCCCCCAAAAGUCUGCCGCUCUCCAAGCUCCUCCUCCUGGCCCUCAGCUUCUGUGGCUUUGUGGUCUUCACCAACCUUUCUCUGCAGAACAACACCAUAGGCACCUAUCAGCUGGCCAAGGCCAUGACCACGCCGGUGAUCAUAGCCAUCCAAACCUUCUGGUACCAGAAGAGAUUCUCCAUCAGAAUACAGCUCACGCUGAUUCCUAUUACUGUAGGUGUAAUCCUAAAUUCUUACUACGAUGUGAAGUUUCAUUCCCUUGGAAUGGUGUUUGCCGCCCUUGGUGUGGUAGUCACGUCUCUUUAUCAAGUGUGGGUUGGAGCCAAGCAGCAUGAAUUGCAGGUGAACUCCAUGCAGCUGCUUUACUACCAGGCCCCCAUGUCUUCCGCCAUGCUGCUGGUGGCCGUGCCCUUCUUCGAGCCAGUGUUUGCAGAGGGAGGAAUAUUUGGUCCCUGGUCGGUUUCUGCUUUGCUUAUGGUACUGCUGUCUGGAGUAAUUGCUUUCAUGGUGAACUUAUCGAUCUACUGGAUAAUUGGGAACACGUCACCAGUCACCUACAACAUGUUCGGACACUUCAAGUUCUGCAUCACCCUGUGUGGAGGAUACAUUCUAUUUAAGGAUCCCCUGUCGGUAAACCAGGGACUCGGCAUCCUAUGCACGCUCUUCGGUAUUGUCACCUACACCCACUUUAAACUCAGCGAGCAGGAAGGCAGUAAGAGUAAGCUGGUCCAACGGCCCUGAACUUUGGUGGAGAAGAGAAAGGCGAAUCAUGAGGAUGAGACGUGACAAACGUGUACGUCGUCUAUGGAAAAGCUCCCUGCGGAGUUCAGUCAGUGAUGUACAAGAAGUAUUUUCUUUGCAGAUAAUGACAAUUUUUAGUACGUUUUAUCGAUUUAAUUUUUAAAAACCAAAAUGGUUCAGGCUUCUCAAAGACUUAAAAGACCUGGAGCUGGCACUCGGUGGUAGAGUAUUUGCCUCACACGCGUGAGACCCUGGCCUCAAACUUUAGCACCGUCAGAGAAAUGCUAGCAACUGCAUAGAAGACAGCUUCAUCCUGCCACCUGAAGCACAGGAGAGUUCGGCUCCAUCGGAAUGACAGCGCUCUGCAGCUGUGUUUUCCCAGGGAAGGGCACACCAGACUGCUGGCUCACCCAGGCCUUCCUGUCGGGAAGUUGAAGUUCUUUGUCAUUCGGAUAGGGUGGUGGUCAGAGUUGCUUUGAGACUGGAUCUCACUGUGUACCCCUGACUGGUCUGGAGUUCUCUACAUAGCCAAAACUGGCUUUGGACUCUACCACUCCAUGAAGCCUUUAGCUUUACUAUUUCACUGCAGAACUGAAAUGUUUAUAGAAAAGAAGCUGUCAUCGACAUGCUCACGAAACAGAUUACAUCUCUGGAAGGAUCAUUUUAUUUUCAGUAGAAAAUUAAUCUAAGGCGUUCUUCCCUUUUCGACAGGGCAGGACUGCUUGAGCCUAAAGCCAGCUCAACAGCACAGCUCUGCCUGGGCUAGAGGGAGCAUCUGCAAUUGUAACAGUGUCGGUGGGACUGACAGUCCCAUUGGUCUUCUCGUGGCUUUGGGCUUUGAGUGAGUUCUAGAUACUAUAUAUGGAGUUACACGAAAACUCAUCUUUAAACUGCUCAAAGUAAAGUCUUAGAGGGCCAGGGGGUGGAGCCAGUAACCGAGGACCUGCCUAGCACUCAUAGGUGGGUUCGUGGGUUCGCAGGUUGUCCUGGUAACUGCUUCCCCAGCUUGCUUGAUCCUUUCAUCCCAGUGAUUUCUAAUGUGGCCUCCCUCCCGAUACUCCCUGCCUUCCACAUACUGAGCAGGAAUAGGGAGUAUUGUAUGGUAGGGAGCGUUGUAUGGUGUUGGGAACUGGACUGAACUAUGCCUUGCAUUCUAUGUGACAAAUUAGAGCAAAGGCUGUCCAAGUUCUAGGCAGAUACUUGGUAAAAAAUAGGAAAGAUAUGAAAGAGAGGUAGAAAACUAGCUAAUAUUUAGCACUUGAGUGAGGUUUCAGAGGAAUUAAGGAAUAUUUUUAAUUGAGAUGCAGACAGAAUACAUGGGGCUCCAGCAAAUAAGAGUACUGGGUAUUUAACUGCAAAAGUAUGUGUCUGCCUUCAAGUAUCUUGUCAUCUCGCCAUUCAGAGCAGCCAUUGUGACCUCAGAAGAAGUCAGAUCUCUUGGAAUAAUAACUUUAUCUAAGCAUACACUUCCAGUGAGAAAACAGCCUAAGACAAAGAGACAUGUCUUGACAUAAUACAUUUUAUCUUGAAUUUUCCUUUUCACAGAGAGAGGUAACCUUUUUAGGUUUUUUUGAGACAGGGUUUCUCUGUGUAGCCCUGGCUGUCCUGGAACU